AUGAACUGGCAACAUAAACUCAGAAGAAUCUUAAUUGCAGACAAAGACAAACUCGGGUUCCAGCGCAGACAGACAGCCCAUACCAGCGCUUUUGAUGUUAGUUGCCAUAAAGGGGACAGGAAAGGCUCCCAUUCUAUUGUCUGUGGCAUGGUCAGCUCAGUGCCGCCACCUCGGAGGGCUCCAUCCCACAUGACCUUCCCAAUCAGGCUGAUGGUGCCCCCUUAUGCCAAGUGGAAGGAACUGCAAUCAAAUUCUGACAGGUCCUGCAAAUCCUCCCAGGCCCUGGGAGGAGGAGGGUGUGGCGGGGGCGGAAGCUACAACUACACGACCCGUGCCAGUGGCCAAGCCUUAGAGGCCCCGAGUGCCUCUCAGGCGCCCGAGCCCACGCUGUCCACGCUUCCCCGCCCCGGCAGGAACCAGCUGUUCCCGCUGCACCAGCCAGGGGGCUGGGGUCAUCCCUGCCGGGCCCCACCGGAAAGGUGGGGCCGGCCCCUGGGCCCCGGUUGGAGGCGGAUUCCCAGGCUGUGCAGCUGCUCGCCCGCGCCCCGCCCGCUCUGUGCUCGGUCAACCGAACAGCUCCGCCCUCAACUCGCCGCUGCGGAAGCGGCGGGCCGGGUGGUGAUUACAACCUGGGGGAGGGGGGCUCUCCUUUUGCAACCUGACCCCCAACUCCGCUCAAUAACCGAAUUUCCGGAAGCCGCGACCUGGAAGCCCUCGGCCCUUCUCCAUCGCUGGCACGGCGGGGACGCCCGGAAUCUCGGAGCCGCAGCUCCCGCCUGCAGCGCGCCUCAGCCGCCAGUGGGGAGCGCAGCGAAGCGGGGUGCCCCGAGCAUCCGGAGCGAGGCAGGCGGGCCAGAGGCUGAGGACCGGCGACCUCGUGGGACGCCGGUGCCCGCCCCUCCGGGGAGCAGAGGCAGCUCUGGAAGUCGGUUUAAAGCGGAGACCGCAACCGGAGGGGCGCAGAAUACUCCCCCUCCCAGCGUUCCGGGCUACGCGGGUACAAUUUUAAAACCAGCGGCGAAAUCCGAGUCCUGCGGCCGCGUGGUAGGUGGGGCGUGGCCGCCUCGCCGAGUGCUGUCUCAGGCUGCCCCCGAUUCUGCGCCGCAAGGCCGCCCUUGGGUUCCAGGACUCUGUGGGCCCCGAGCCGCUGGCGCUCCCGGGAGUCUCCUAGCCGCGGCGGAAACGGAGCUGGGCGCCCAGACGGCGCCGGGGUCUUUUCUCUGCCCCCAGUGGCCGGAGCCGCAGACCUGCCCCUUCGCCACCGGGGCCGCGCCCUCAUUCCUCGCGGUGGUGCAGCGCCGCAGCCCGGGAAACUCGCAGGCCCCAGGCGGCCCGGCUGCAGCUGCGGUGGUGAAGCUGGGCCCUGCGCGCACGUGAGGUGCCCAGAAGAAUCCCCGACCGCCCCGCGCCCCCGUUCUCGCCCACGACGGUGGCCGACUGCGGCCGCUGGUUCCCAGACCCGGGAACAAAGCUGGAGAUAACGACUUCGGAGUCGGCCCUGAGACCUGCUGCUUCUCUUGGCUCCAGGCCCUCAGCCGUCUCCCUAGCCACAGCCUGCGGGGCCUAGAACUGCAGCCCCGGGAGUCCCCUCCUAAGCAGUGGCCAGGGUUGGCGGGGCGUGUGCUACCCUGGACCCAGAGAUCCGCAGCAGCCGCUGCUAAGCAUGGCGAGGAGCAGCGCAAGCCUCUCCCCACCAAGGCGGGGGACGGCGGACGUGGGUUAGGAACCGGCCCGGGACGUCCAGGCAGGAUCGGCCACCAUUCAGGCGCUGUCCCAGGCGCAGCACCAGGUGCUGCCGGUGGAAGCGGCCAGGGGCAGGCUCAGCCCGGCGCAGUGAGCAUAGACAGGGACCCAAAGUUUAUGCCAAAAACAUGUCUUCUCCAACCUCCUCCUCAAGCCCCUGUCUCAUGCUGGUUCCUGUUUCUUUCUUAUAAUAAAUAGGUCCUGUGUGCCUGGGAGCAGAGACUCGGCCCGUUCUCCCCAGACUCAGCUGUAGUCUUCAGGGACCUGGGCAAGGUCUGGUUAAACCUGCCCAUCUUUUGUGGAGGAAGGCCGGUUGCUCCCCUGGCCUUCACUGUGACACUAGGAGGCAAAGGCAGCCAGACCAAUUGCUGGUUUCAUCUGGGACUCCGCAGGUGAUAAGAUUGGCAAUGACAGGAACUGCAGAGCCAGAAAUACCGUCCACGCCUCUGCCUCAGGAAGCUCCCCUACCUCUGCCUGAUGAAGAGAGAGACUCCCCCUCAACAGCCAGCUUCCUGUCUUCUAGUCACAUCUUUCAAGUAAACGGGUAAAGAGA